AUUAUAUAUGUGUAAGUUAUGUUUGUGUGUGUAUAAAAACAAAACUCCCACUAAACAUUUAUUUAUUUAUUUUUCUUUUUUUCUGUGAAAUGUAUACAUUACUACAUGGAUUUUAUAAAUAUUUGGUUCAGAAAGAUGAAUAUUUUAUAAUUAUAUUAGGUUUGGACAAUGCUGGCAAAACUACGUAUUUAGAAGCAGCAAAAACAAAAUUUACAAAGAAUUAUAAAGGAAUGAAUCCUAGUAAAAUUACAACGACAGUUGGACUGAAUAUUGGCAAAAUAGAUAUUGCUGGAGUAAGACUGAAUUUUUGGGAUCUUGGUGGUCAAGAGGAACUUCAAUCUCUAUGGGAUAAAUAUUACGCAGAAUCUCACGCAGUUAUCUACAUAGUGGAUUCAUCAGAUAGAGAUAGGAUUCCCGAUUCUAAAGAAACUUUUGAUAGAGUUAUAUCAUCGGAACAUUUGUCCGGGGUUCCUCUAUUAGUUUUAGCAAAUAAACAAGAUGUACCAGAUUGUAUGGGUGUCAGAGAAGUAAAACCAAUUUUUAAUAAAAACGCACAUCUUAUUGGACGAAGAGAUUGUAUGGUGAUGCCUGUAUCUGCUCUCAAUGGGGAAGGAGUUGACGAAGGUAUCCAUUGGUUGGUUGAUUGUGUCAAACGAAACAGUGACGUGCGACCACCUCGAAAUCAAAAUGACAACAGUUUAACGUAAUUAGUGUUUAAAGUAGCUUUCGUUUUAAGUACUUACAACAUUAAGUAAUUAAUAUAAUAAUUCAAUUCUAUAUUGUAAAAAUAUUUCUAUUUUAAAAUAUUCUGUUAAUCGCCUUGUAUAUUCCAAAACAAUAUAUAUAUAUAAUUUUAUUGAAAAUA